CGACCACUCCAACCAUCGCAGCCAGCGACGAGCAUCGGAACCACGAUCCUGCCCUAUCGAAAUCUCAACGUAUACGUACACACCCGCGGCUUCAUCUGCCGCUCGAGGCGCACAUCGCCGACCCUCGCAGCACGUAGGAUCCCAACACCGCCACGCAUCGGCCCAUCGAGGAGCGGGAACUUGACGGCGGGCGCGGCUGCGCAGGACACAUAAUGUCGGACGACCAGAUCUCGCUGCCAUAUCUGGCAGCCAUCCUGGUGGUGUCAGGUCUGAUCAUACGGUAUCUAUUCUUCUCGGGGCCGCCGGUUCCGAGAGCGACGAGGUCGCCCGAGGCGUUCCUGCGAUCCCGGGAAGCGGCCGUGGAGAGGAUACAGCAAAUGUUCCCGCAAGCGGAGCGGAGAAGCAUCCUGUGGGAUCUCCAGCGUAACGGAGGCAACAUACAAAACACGACAGAGCGCAUCCUCGCCGGGCGCUUGGAAACGCCCCCGGUUACCUUCCAGCCGCCCCCUCCGCCCGGGCAAACGGCGUCGAGCUCGAGCUCCGCUUCGGUGACGAGACAGCCCGAGAAGCCGGCGCAGCCAGAUCUGAUCUCGCGGUACAAUCUCGAAGGAAAGAUCAAGGCGGGGUCGCCCGCCGCCGCCUUCUCGGCGGACGCGGAGGCAGACAAGGCCAAGAAGAGCAAGGGCUGGAGCUCGAAUCGAGACGAGCGGCAGGCGGCGCUGCAGCGGAGGCGGGACGAGAUGAUCUUAGCGGCGCGGCGCAAGAUGGAGGCCAAGAUGGCGGCUGAGAAGGUAACGCAGGCGGAUUGAUGCGGGGUGGGGAGAGGCGGCAGUGUAUGAUGAAUAAAGGGGCGACAGAGCAUGCCAUGUUUGCCUUGGUAGUCAGCCGAAAUACAGCGAUGUAUCGAUAGUUGGGUCACGCAAGGAUGCUGAGCGGGCAUGUGAGUGUGUGGCCCCCCUUUUGGUUUUGGCUGGACUUGGGUAUUCGUGAGUGAUCCGAGACACAGGGCGCGGAGCGAAUACGAAUACGUGAGGCGAGC